AUGCUGUGGGUUCAGAAAAAGAGGAGAAGAAAGGUAACCUCUGAGUGUCCACCAGACAAGGACAAGUCACCAGAAUCCCAUAAAGCAAAGAAUGAAAGCUGGAUUAAAUCUCACUUUAGCCGCCUUUCCGAAGAGAAGCUGGCCCGCAACAACAACGCCAGCACCAGUGGCAAUGCUACCCAGACUGAGAGUGGGAGUGGAGAGGCCAGCACCACAAUUCACAUGGAGACCUUCACCACGAGGCACGGAGAAGUGGGCUCCGCUCUGCACCGGGAUUCCUUCGCCAGCAGGCAGAAGACAUCUGGGCCGUCAGUGAUCCAAGAGAUCCACCAGGAGUCUGGAAAAGCCCCAUCCACCGAUGAGGCCAUGUGGGCCGCUGUGGCUGCCUGCACCAAGGAGAUUGACACCCAGGGGCGGCACCUGGCUCACUCCAUGUUGCAGCGGGCCACAGCUUACCAGCACUCAGGUCACCUGGAGUCCAAGGACAUCAACCAGGAGGAGCUGAGGGCCCUCGAGGAAGUAGAGAUGAAGCUGCAAAAGAAUUUCCUCACCCAGCGGGAAAACACCAUAGCUGGUGCCAACCACACACACACUUUCUAUGGCCACAGUCACCACGGCCACCCGAGCCACCAGAGCCACAGCCUGCCCAACCGCAGACACUAGAUCUAUGACUGCUUGGAAGCCAUCUAACCACGGGUGGAGAUGCCCCUGCCCCCAGCAAGCCUGGCUCACACACAUGUCUGUUUUCUCUCCUAUGGGGCCAUCUAUGCAGCCCAGGGUGAGAUGCUGUGCCCAAAUCCCUACUUUCUUAGGCUCCCCACAGGGAUCAUGGGCCCUUUCAACUCCAUGAGUGUGGUCUGCUGCAGAAGAUGGCCCCUGUUGGAGGGAGAGCUGGGAGGACACAGCGCAGGUGAGACAGACCCUGAGGCCCCUGAAGACCCACCAAGGGAAGACAGAUGGGAGCAGGCAAGAGCCCCACACUGAUGUCCUUGCCUGCAACGGAGCCAAUAAAGCUUUGUGUGCCUUCA